AUGAAGAGAGGAGCCGCCAAAGCUCCAGCAGGAUCCUUGGUAGUCGCGAUGGCGAUGGAGAAUGUUCACAAGGACGAAGAAGCGAUGAUUUCCAGGAGAACUACGGGAGCAAGCAGCGAGCAGGAGAAUACGCCAGCAGGAUCCACCUCCAAUACUGGUACCGCAUCUGGAUCGACGGGAUCAGGACCAGGAUCGCCGUCAUCUUCAUCGUCAAAGGCAUCCGGAUCCUCAACAAACGCCCACCAACGAAAGACUACCAACAACAACCAUAAUAACCACAGCGACAACACAUACUACGCAACGACCUUCAACUGGAUGUACUAUGCUACAGAGCCAGUCGCCGCUUCUGCUGCUGCCAGUCCUUCCACCCGCUUUGGAUCCAGAAUCGAGGAUCAUGCAGGGACAUCCUCUUCGACGACGUCUUCUUCAGGGAAUGCAUUAGGAGGAGGAGCGAUUAUUUCAACGUCGAUGGCUACGGCUGCGACGGCUGCAGUUGCGAGUCAUAUAGCAAGAGAGCGCGAGGCUUUAGCAGCAGCAUCUGCAACAGCGGCAGCCUUAUCUUCUGGUGAGCUGCAGGGGUCUGAGUCUACCAACAACUCCGACACCCUCGCCAACACCAACAACAGCAUAGACAGUACCAUCACCAACAACGCCAUCACCUCAGCCACAACCACAGCCACUACAACCACCACCACAGCCACUACAACCACAACCACCACAACCACAACCGCAACCACACCUUCAGCCGACAACGACAAGAAUACCCAAUCCUUCCCGGCCCGCCUCACAACCCUCUUCCCCCAAGCCUCCACAAUAACCGUCGCAUCCACCACUCAAUUCCUCCACUCCAUCCUCCUCUCCUCCACAGAAGCCACCACCGCAUUCCUCUACAGGACCUUCUCCCCAACUUACCGAAUCUGCACACUCUACAAAACCUCCUUCACGGACGGGUCACAACUCCGGGGGCUGACCAGGAUGAAAGAUUCGGUGAUGAGGGCGGAUGCGGUAGUGCUGGUGAAGAGCUCUGCGAAGCAGAUGAAGGAUGUUUGGGGGAUGGUGAUGGAUGCUUAUGGGGUUAAGGCGAAGAUGACGAAGGAGAAGAAGCGACAGGAGGAGAGGGAGAAGGCUGUGAGGGAGACAAGGGAAAUUGUUGAGGAAAGGAUUCGGAGUAAGAAGAUCGGCGAGGCGAUAGUGGCAGCGACUGAAACGGCACCAACGACCACGGAAGUGGAAGUGGAAAUGGAAGUGGACGUGGAGAGGAGGAAAAGUGUGGGCGAUGACGGAGAUGGUGGUGGCAGUUCUGAAGGCGGGAUUGAAAGCAUGGGCGAAGAGUAA